AUGGCUCCGGGAGUACCGAACGCAAAAAGCUGUGCUCAGCCUGUCACCUGCCUGGCCAUAAUAAAAACAAAUGCAGAAACGCUCCAUGUAAAGGCGGGAGAAUGUUUGGUCGCUGGGAAAGCUUUGACCGACAAUUUUACCAGCCGUAUUUACCGCAUAGUAGCGAAGUUCUACAAACAGAUGGGUGAAGAAUUUAGAAAGGACUUCAUAGAUCUAUCAGUGUCUUUUUUUCAUUUAUUGAGGGAUUUAAAGCAAAGGCUACGUUUAAAAAAUGAGUGUAAAAUUGUUGCGCAAAACCCCAACCGGGUAAACAGAUACCCGAAUAAGAAAGUGUGUCUGAGUAAACACCAUGGGAAUGAAGGUUAUGAUCGAAUCCUUGGACCCAUUGCACAUGAACUAACAAUUCAAAGAGAAAACUACCCAAUGACAAUUGUCUACCUUAAACUAAAAAACUGUGGAAAUGCUUAUGGAUCAUUUGAAAGAAUAUUGGGAGACAAGCAGUAUGUUGGAGAAACUUCAGAACCCCCUGCAAGACUGUUUGCUCAAUUUCAUGCCCCCCAGACAAGUCGCAUCAAGAAAGAUAUAUUAUCAGGAAUAAAGAAUGAAAAUCCGAGGAUGAGGGUGCUCUUUGCAACAUCAGCACUUGGCAUGGGGGUUCAUGCUCCUUAUGUGGUCAACAUUAUUCACAUAACACCACCAAGUAGCCUUGAAGCAUACAUACAAAAAAUUGGUUGUGCUGGUCGCACAGCACUUUCAUCGUAUGCUACACUUUACUACAAUAAUUACGAUAUUGGAAAUAAUAUGAAACAUGUAGAAGAAUCAAUGAAAACUUAUUGCAAAUCACAAGAAACCUGUCAGAGGAAACUUCUUCUGGAUUACUUUGGAUUCUCCAGUGUUCAAUAA